AUGGAUUUCGAUACUCAUGAUCCAAACUCCUUCUCCAUUGAGGCCUCUUCCACGCCACUCCUCACCCUCCUCAAGUCUCUCCUCUUGCUGACACUCAUCCCGCCAAUGUACAUCAUCGUGAACGACUACACGGCCUUUACCUCGCUCGGCCCCGGCGGCACCCCCAGCACGCCCUACGGCUAUCUGAAAAUCCGCUUCCUCAGCCUCUUUGCACUGCGCGAUCCGUACGCUCCAGCAUUCGUCCACCCGCACUUUACGCCCGGCGUACUGUCCGCACUACCAAAGCGUGGUGCGCCGAGACCGCGUGUCGCAGGCAUUGCACCCCAUCGACAAACAACACAGCGCAUCACGCCGGGCAUGUACGCACUAUUCAGUGAUGUACUGAAGAGCCUGGCAAAGGACCCCGCGAAUCAUCUCGUCCAGGGCACGAGUUGCUUCGAGAAACACGGGACAGGACUGUUCAGUCUGGCGCCUAUUGUGCGGACGUGUCGUGGGGAAGUGUGCCAUCUGCACCCUUCGGAUGGAAGCAUGCAUCUGAGCUUGCACCCCGCAGACGCGAAGAUUGUGCUUGAGGCCGGCUGGGGCGAAAGGCAUCCACUUGCCCAGGGAGGGUGGAUGAGGAGAUUUGUGCCACGGGAGUUUAUGAUGGUGUAUGCCCCGCGUGAGGAGGAAGAUGUAAGGGUUCUGGUGGAGAUUGUGAGUGCUGCGGCCUGGUGGGUUAGUGGGAGGAAGAUUGGAGGGAGGGAUGAUGAGAAUGGUCGCGGCGAGAAUAGGAACAGAUUGACAGAGCGUCCGGCGAACGUAUGA